UGGCUGAUGACAAUACUCCCUGCUCUGUGAUCCCGCACACUUGUCCUGGUUUUAUAUAUUUCCGCAAUCAUCUUGUUUGAGAGAUAUAGUCAGCUUUACGUUCUGAAAGAAGAAACAGAUAAGCUCGUCUGCAUACGGAAUUCAGACAGACAGGAAGACACGUCAGCUUUAGUCGUUUGAUAUAAUCGUGGUUUCUCGUUGAGCAUCAGCCGAUCUUGAUCUAAUCCAAUAUAAUCGAAAACAACAAUGUCGAAUAGCGCAGGCUUUGAUCGUCACAUCACGAUCUUCUCGCCCGAGGGACGGUUGUAUCAAGUUGAAUACGCGUUUAAAGCGGUUACAGCUGCAAACAUCACAUCGAUUGCCUUGCGAGGAAAGGAUUGCGCGGUCGUGAUUUCACAAAAGAAGGUGCCUGACAAAUUGCUUGAUCCGGAGUCGAUCAGUUAUAUCUUUCAGAUUUCCCCCGGCAUCGGAGCCGUCUUGACGGGACAGAUCGCUGAUGCGCGGGCUGCGGUGACGAGAGCACGGUCAGAGGCCGCGGAGUUUUGCUACAAGUACGGCUACGAGAUGCCGGCGGACGUGCUGGCGAAGCGGCUUGCAAACAUCAACCAGGUGUACACACAGCGCGCGUACAUGCGACCGCUGGGGGUUGCGAUCACGCUUGUGUCUGUGGACGAGGAGUUUGGGCCGCAGCUGUACAAGUGCGAUCCGGCGGGGUACUAUGUUUCGUACAAGGCGACGGCGACGGGACCGAAGCAGCAGGAGGCGAUGAAUUACCUGGAGAAGAAGUUGAAGAAGAAGGAGUGCGCGGAAGGGGAAUGGGAGGCUGUUGUCGAGCUUGCGAUCACGGCGCUGUCGAGUGUGCUGAGCGUUGAUUUCCGGAAGAACGAUAUCGAGAUUGGGGUUGUGGUGAAGGGCGACGAGGGCGAGGAGAGCCGGUUCCGGAAGUUGACGCCGGACGAGAUUGACGAGCGGCUGGUUGCUAUUGCCGAGAAGGAUUAGUUAUUGUUGUUGCGUAUAGUUAUUGUCGUUAUUAGAUAAGAAUGAAUAAGGGACAAUGAUCCUGACCGCUACCAAGAUGCUGGGAUCCAGUUAGGUUUAAAGGUUCGUUGUAGCCUCAUUCUGCAGAGAAGAGGCCGCGGUGGGGUUUUCCUGCGUUUUUAACGGUCUUCAUAGCAGUGGAGUAGUUUAUAGAAAAAGAAUUGAGUCAUAGGAUACGGUGCAGAUAGAAGAGGCGAGUUUGCAUUAAUCAAAUAGUCGAAAAUGGCAGCUGCAGCAGCGGGUCUACCGAGACAGGUGGUGCGCGUCAUGUAUGUAUGUGUAUGAGCAAACAGCGUCAUGCGGUGUAGAGUUUUGAAUUACAAAGCAGAAAGAUGAGAUAGAAGAGUAAUGAAUUAAGAAGAUAGCAAAAAA